AUGUUUGGGAACAAUUCAAGCCCGGAAGCUGAUCUUGAUUCGCUGUUGGGCGAUUUCCCUGUGGAUGAAUCCUCACAGACCUUUUUGGACCUAUUUCGACUCAAUCUCGUGGGCAUAGAGCGAAUCAUCUUCAUUUUCCUUUGCUCAUGUAUCAUUAUAAUUGGGUUGAGCGCCAAUUGUUGCAUCAUCUUGGCAAACGUUCUCCAUCGUCUGCGAUACAGCCGCGAGAACGACUUCUACACCGGUCGGGCUCGCAGUUUAUCACGCAUAUCCAUUGUCGGGGCGAAUCCCUUCAAGGUGAACCUCACACCAGAGAACCGAUUAAGCUACUUCAGUGCGCUAUCUGGGCAGGCCAAAUUUAGGUACACCCACGUUAUUUUCGCAAUAGCUAUAUUCGGCCUUUUAUCCUGUGUAGCUUUUAUUCCCCUCGCGGUAAUAAAUGUAUGCGGUGGAACAUCCAGUGCUGAUGCAGACAAUUGGAUCGUGCUGAUCUGCGUGGCGUGGAGUGUGUUCCAAAUUCUCUUUAUGGCAGUCUUCUUCUUCGUAAACACUACUAUUCAAUUCCUCAGCCUUGUGUUUCCUCUCACCUUUAAAUUACAACGCAACCCACUUUGGGGCACUUUCUUUUUGAUAGUGAUUGUCUGUGGAAUUCACGCAUCUCUUACUGUUGUGGUAAUCUUCAGGCAACUUUUUCAAACCUUAUACGAAAUUGGAGCAGGAAAAAAGAACAUUGAGCUGGAAAAGAGUAUCACCCAAAUCCAACUAGUUCUUACCCUUCCACUUGCUGUAUUCAUCCUUACCUGGAUCGCUACUAUUAUAAUGUACGCAGUGAUAGUAAAACAUAUCCACGUAGCCACUGUAACAGUCUCGAGGAUUUCUAUACAGCCUGAUGCUCAUCGCUCGUCUAUCGGAAGUGGUCAGUCACCGCACCCGAGUCUCUGGCAGUCUGUGGUUAGAAAGAACUUUCACAAGUGUCUCAUUCUCGGUGCAGGAACCCUCACCUUCUAUAUUUUGGAGACGCCCACUUUUCUGGUGGUGUACAAUAUCUCACCACCCAGUUCCUGGAUGUUGGCGGCUCAUUUAUCGGUUCAUGUCAUCACUCCGUUGCUCCAUAUCAUGCUGAGCAAGAGCUUUAGAGCCGCGCUGGGCAGAAUGCUGCGUCCACGGAGAGCUGCGUACUUCUUUGCGGCUUUAAGGAUGACCUAG